AUGAGCAGCAAUCUCUCCCAGCCCACUGGGCUGCUUUGCUAUGAGAAUGUCAGUGGGUCCUGCAUUAGGACGCCCUACUCUGUGGGCUCCCAGGUGCUGCUCUAUGCAGCCUUCGGCUCUGGGGCUGCGCUGGCUGUCUUUGGAAACCUCCUGGUGCUGAUCUCAGUCCUCCACUUCAAGCAGCUGCAUUCUCCAGCCAAUUUCCUGAUUGCCUCUCUGGCCUGCGCUGACUUCCUGGUGGGCGUCACUGUGAUGCCCUUCAGCAUGGUCAGGUCUGUGGAGAGCUGCUGGUACUUUGGAGCGGAGUUUUGCACCCUGCACAGCUGCUGUGAUGCGGCGUUUUGCUACUCUUCUCUCUUCCACCUGUGCUUCAUCUCCAUGGACAGGUACAUGGCUGUUACUGACCCCUUGGCCUAUCCCACCAAGUUCACGGUGUCUGUGUCAGGCAUUUGCAUCGCUGUCUCCUGGAUUCUGCCUAUGAUAUACUUUGGUGCCAUGAUCUAUACUGGUGUCAGUGAUGAUGGGAUGGAAAGUUUGGUAAGUGCUCUCAGCUGUGUAGGCGGUUGUCAAAUAGUUGUCAAUCAAGAUUGGGUUUUGAUAGAUUUUCUGUUAUUCUUCAUACCUACCCUUGUUAUGAUAAUCCUUUAUAGUAAGAUCUUUUGGGUAGCCAAGCAACAAGCUAUGAAACUUGAGAGUACUAUGGGCAGUUCCUCAGAGACAUCCUCAGAGAGUUACAAAGCCCGAGUAGCCAAGAGAGAGAGAAAAGCUGCCAAAACCCUGGGGGUCACGGUGGUAGCAUUUACCAUCUCCUGGUUACCAUACACAAUUGAGACAUUAAUUGAUGCUUUUAUGGGGUUCAUCACGCCCACCUAUAUUUAUGAGAUUUGCUGUUGGUGUGCUUAUUACAACUCAGCCAUGAAUCCACUGAUUUAUGCUUUGUUUUAUCCUUGGUUUAGGAAAGCCAUAAAAGUUAUUGUAAGUGGGGAAAUUUUAAAGGAUAGCUCAUCAACGACAAGGUUAUUUUCUGAGUAA